GCCUCACCACCACAACCCCCCACAAACAAACACUCACUCACUCACUUUUAUCAGUUGUUUGGCCUCCUAGUUGAUACUUUAUCUGUCUGUGUACAGGUGUUGGAAACCCUGGUGGUGGUGGUGGAGUGAUGGCGGGGUGUGUGAGGCAAAGUUUACUCUGGUAAUAAGAGAAGUGAAGCAAUGUUUAUUUGGCUUUGUGGUUGACGGAGCAUAGCAGUGAGCGUUACUAUGUACAGUGUAUCACCACUGACAUCAUUAUCACAUAUCUGGGCGGUAUAUUUGAUCAGUAAUUGUGUCUGAUGAUCUGUCAUGAAUAUAUAUUGAUAAAGUUAUGACCAAAUGAACCACAGGAUCGCAUAGAAAAUAUUUUAGUGACAAACAUGUCAGGAGAGUGUACUAUCAGUGUUUGAUGAUGAUUCACCAUACAAUAUGAUCUUCAGAUAAACUGCUGGAUAAUACGAAAAGUUUUAGUGAGAGACAACAUGGGUGGUGAUGGGGAGAGCGGGACACUGGGACGGUCACACCCCAGAGCAGAACCUCCACACCUUCCCUGUUGGUGAGGUGCUGAGUCGAGGACAUGUCGGGAUGGUGGGUGGUGAGGGCCGCAGUGGGGAUCACCCUGUGGGCUGCGGUCGCUUCCCUAGAGUGGUCGGCGGGCAGCUCCUGCAACCGGACACGUCGUGUGUUGACUGGGUCUUGGGGCGUCAUCACUGAUGGACUGGGGAGCUACCCUGAGGCCUCACACUGCCAGUGGCUUAUAAGAGCCUCUUCACCCGGGCAGUUCAUCACACUCAAUGUCACCAGCAUAGACACAGAGUGUUCCUACGACCACUUAUAUGUUUAUGAUGGUGAGACAUACGACUCCCUCAUGCUGGGGGUGUUCUCAGGCAGGACUUUACCUCCUCAAGUCACAGCAAGUUCAGGGGCCAUGUUGAUUCUAUUAUACUCUGACACAAACUAUGCACUGGAAGGGUUUGUGGCAGAAUAUUCGGUCACAGACUGUCCUCUCAACUGUUCAUCUCACGGACAAUGUGAAGAUCAUAAGUGCUUGUGUGAGAAGCUCUACACCGGUGAUGGCUGUGAGCGCGAACACUGUCCAGAGAACUGUGGAAUGGCUCACAGCCGCGGUCACUGCUCUAAGCCUUCACCUUACUGUCUCUGUAAUGAAGGAUAUUUUGGUGACGGGUGUUCUCUGGGUUCACUUGACUCUGAAGGUGGCACGUGGCACUGGUUGUGGCGAGGUGGACCGCCCCUCAACGACAGGACGAGCCACGCUAGCGUUUAUUUGCCUCAUCUAGAUCGCUUGUAUGUGUUUGGAGGGUACAAUCUCAACAAUGUUUUGGGCGAUCUCCUCAUUUAUGACAUCGGCACGAGCGUCUGGGUCAAUGUCAGCGACCCAGCCAGCCAGAGUCGCCUCAGCCACCGUCUGACCUCCCAGCGCGUUGCUCGCCCGAAAGUAAUGACUGAGCAGCACAUCACCAAUAGUUCUCUUCUUAGAAAUUUAACAUUUUCUGUUAACAGCAACAACACAGUCAGUGUAAAACUCAAAAGCCUCUUGGGUGACGCUCAGAGACUGCGACGGAUGAUCAGACCAAGCGAGGAGAUGAACCACACCCCAGCCAGCCAUAAUAUGAGGGCAGUAACUCCGGCUCCCAGAUAUGGUCACGUUAUGGAAAAAUAUGAUCAACAUUUUGUUCUAUUUGGUGGAAGAUUAUCAUCAGGUGAAGUAAGUAAUGAACUGUGGCUGUACAACACAACUAUGGAUGAAUGGCGACUGCUUGAAGGGAAAGAAGAAAGUGUCAGUGAUGAGACAUCGGCCAAGGAUGACAACGUUCCCCCUGGCUUAAUGUAUGCAACUCUCACCCUGGUGGACAACUCUUGGCUCUAUCUCUUUGGUGGAAGUCUGGAACAUGGAGAGUUCUCAAAUUGCAUGUACAGGAUGAACCUGGAGGGAGACAGAAUAUGGAAGAAGGUCAUUGUUCGAGGCGGCAAUGAAUUAGAAGUCCGCGUUAUUGGUCAUUCAACGGUGUUCCACGUCCCUUCCAGGUCACUGUUGGUGUAUGGUGGGAUCAGAGUAGACAUAGCCAGAUUCUCAAAACUCUCUGACCGCCUCCUGGUGUUCGACAUUGACCAACACUACUGGUCACAGAUUCAUUACCCCAAGUCUCACAACAAUCCUCUGCACCACGUUCCAUUAGAGCGGGCGUUCCAUUCUGCCGUAAUAGCUGGUAAUUACAUGGUUAUAUUUGGUGGUUACAUGCACAAGCACAAGGAAGAGGAGACGUGUUAUGACAAGAAGAUUUACCUCUACCAUCUUGGCUGCCAUGUCUGGAUGUCCCACCAACUGACACCAACAGGUCAAGCAGGAAAGUAUCCCAAACUACAAGGUGUUUAUGGGCAUAGUGUAUUUCUUCGUGGCGGGAACACAAUGGUUGUCGUGGGAGGUUUCCAUGGCACUGUUAACGGUCACGUUCUGGCCUAUGUUUUGCCUUCCACUCUGGUGUCCCCAGAAGGCCGGGAUUUUGACAUGGAUGAGGCAUGUCGUAGACACACCAGUCAGGCUUCAUGUGUGUCCAACCUGGAGUGUGGCUGGUGCCCGUCUGACCUGAGCUGUUAUGAGAGGUCACGUGGAGCCAACUGUACAAAUAACCUUCAGACUUCUCAGUGUCCGGGAGUAUGUCCUUCAUUACAGUCCUGUCAGUCGUGUACCGUACACGGAAGAUACACCCGUAGUGGACCGUGUGCUUGGUGCGUCCAGACGGCCAAAUGCCACGAACGAGACGAGCCCAGCGGUGGUCUGGGUCGGUGCGGUUCUUCAGAGGACAAUCCCUCACGCAUAGAGGGCUGGUGGGGGCCCCAUGGUAACGACCUCGUCACCCCCGAAGAAUGCCAGCUGCAGGACUUGAGACCUGGCAUAACUGUCAUACGUUAUCGUCACCCGGUCGAUCUCGCCAAGCCCGAUUCUGUCGCCAUCGUCAAUACCACGAUCCAGAAGCUACAGGAUACCCAGGAGUUUCGUGGGGCUCGAGACCUACACACAGGAGGGAGCACCAUGGCCCAGUUUAUUGGUUUCAUUCAUCCCUUGGGAGUUCAGCCAGUUAAAGGUGAGAAGCACUUGAUGGUUUUUGUCCAAGCUUCUCAUGUGAAUGCAUCGCUCUGGAUCUCUCGUGACGACACGGAAAAGAACUUGGAAUUGGUCGCCAGUAUAGAUGCUAAAAAAGAAAUACAACAACCGGCACAGAGACCAGGAGAGGGGGUCAUCUUCCCAAAUUUGACCCGAGGUCAUCGUUAUCUCACAAAACUACAAGUUAACAAGUCAGUACAAAACUCCCCACAAGCUGGAGACAUGGGCAUAGUUUGGAGCACUCACACUCACACCCGCCGAUUCAUAAACCUAGAAAAUCUUGAACCAUACAGCGUCGGAGGUGCCGCAUGUUCCGCCCAUACCACGUGUUUAGCUUGUCUCACUGAUGCCAAGUGCGGCUGGUGUAACCCUUCCUCUUCGUGCGUGGACAGACACGACCAACUCACUCCGUGUCCACUAACUACCACGGAGGGAACUGAAAACAAUUACUUUCUAACGCUGGUGCCUGAGCAGUGCAUAACUUGUGAGCAAUAUAUAUACUGCAACGAUUGUGUUGGAUCUGGGCUCUGCGAAUGGUUGCCCGAUGAAGCAUAUUGUUCCAGAAGAGGAAGAUUUCCCGGGGCGGUGAUUGAGGUUGGCAAAUGCCCGGCUCCCUGUCAUAAACGCAAGUCGUGCGCCACUUGUCUCGGGGACCCGGGACGUUGUGCCUGGUGCCAGGAAUCAAGUGAAUGUUUCCUGUUCUCAGUGUACACGUCAAUGUAUCAGUAUGGGUCGUGUCGUGUCUGGCUUGAUGAAGACCACACCAACAUGUCUUCUACCCUCCUGUCUACAUUACCUACCCCAGUUGAGACCAAAGACCAUGUAGGUACAACUUUACCUCACCUAGCCACAAGUUCCUCGGUUGACACUAAAACAGCAAUAUUAUUAGACACUCUGGAAUGUCAUGUUUGUGAGAGUCUUCAUUCAUGUGAAGCUUGUUUGGAGUCUCUGAGUUGUGGUUGGUGUUACAAUGUGUUUAACCCAACCAUUGGCAUUUGCACUGCUGGAGAUUUUUCACAACCAGAAAAAGGGGAUUGUGCCAGCCUCAUUGAUCCUCUUCUUCAAGCUGCCCACGAGAAUGCAUCAAUUGUAGUGGACCUGCAAGUUCCAGAAAGUAAUUGGGCGUACGCUUCUUGUCCUGACGUAGAUGAAUGUAAAUUGUCUCUUCAAGAUUGUCAUCCCAAUGCCACCUGCUCCAACACACACCAAGGAUACAACUGCACUUGUAACAGAGGCUUUCACGGAAAUGGACACGACACCUGUGAAAGAACCUGUUAUGAAACCUGCAUUCAUGGAUUCUGCUCAGGAAAUCCAGAUUAUAAGUGUAAGUGUGACAUUGGGUGGAUGGGGCCAGACUGUGCUACCAACUGUGGCUGUCACAACCACUCCACUUGCCACAAAGGGAUCGGCAUCUGCGAUAAUUGCCAAAAUUGGACAGAUGGGGAGUUCUGCCAUUUGUGUCGGCCAGGAAGCUUUGGCAAUGCUACAACUAUCGGCUGCCAUAUGUGUAAUUGCAACAACCACUGGGACGAAACACUCGGCCAGUGUAACCAAACCACCGGCCAGUGUUUCUGUCUCCACAACACUGACGGACAUAACUGUUCCAAGUGUUUACCAGGGUUUUAUGGUGACCCGCCAAGAAUGGAGUGUCGCUGCUACCCAGACAACUGGCUUGGAGUCACCCGCAACCUGUAUGUGGAUCAUUACUGCCAGCACCUCUGGACCCACUUGUCAAACCUUCAGACUGAGACAUCCAUCAUUCAGAUAACAAUAGAAGAAAUGAACAUAGAGUGUGGAGAAGGAGUACUCUAUGUAUACGAUGGAUUACCAAACUUUGUUUCUCGUAAUUCACGUUGGAAUCGGGAAAACCACAUCGUCGGAGCGUUGUGUACAAGUCAGGCGUCUUACCCAGUGACCGUACAGGCUGUGUCUGGACUGAUGACAGUGUUUUAUGAAAAAAAUGAUCCCGGACAAGGAUUUAAUGCUAGCUAUGAGGUUCUACAUUGUACAAAGAGAAAGUCUCACAACCAUGCUUGUGUCAACAACAAGCCCGUGUGCAACGAUAAGUGGCGGGGAGUUCACUGCGAUAUUCCCGUCUGCCCCAACAAAUGCUCUGAAGCAGAAGGACGAGGCAAAUGUGACUCCAGCUAUGGACGCUGCAUCUGUACGCCUGGAUUUGUGGGAGAAGAUUGUAGUAUUGUUCAGCGUGAUCAUCAGGUUGUGGUGACACAGCUGUUUGCCCCUGACAAGAUUGCAUCAUCUCUAUCUCACCUGACAACAGUACUGCCACGCAUGGGACAUUCCCUCAUUGUGGAUCACCGCGGAUCACUGUGGGUAUUUGGUGGCUAUUCGUUGUCACGUGGUCCGCUUUAUGACAUACAACAGUUUGACACUCACAACAACAGCAACGUGUGGCAGCAGGUGACGGUGAAUGUACAGCCGGGGCGUCAGCCUCCUCCGGGCAGAUACUUCCACGCGGCUGCCUACGUACCAAAUCAGAGAGAAAUGUAUGUGUAUGGAGGACUGAAUCAAACAUCAUUUUUAAAGGACUUAUGGAAGUUUAACAUUGAUUCAGAGAGCUGGAAGGAGUUGAAGCCUCACCCCGAUUUACCUCGUCUUGCCGGUCAUUCUCUAACUUACUGCAGCGAAGCCGAGUCUCAGUCACUGGUGCUCAUUGGUGGAGCGUCCUCAGAUUAUGGCUUUCUGGAACGAGUGUGGGAAUACAACUUGACCAGUGGGAAGUGGAACAGCGUGCAGACGAGUGGUGUCAUCCCCGUUGGCAUAUACGGUCACAGUACCGUGUAUCAUGGAGGCACAAAGACUUUUUAUGUGUAUGGUGGAUAUUCUUUUAAAAUCGAUAAAGUAGACCACUUUCCAGACCUUUAUGCUUUGGACUACACUCGCAAAAAGUGGUCGGUGCUUCCUCCGGACCGCGGAACAAACCAUAAUCCGGCUUCUCUCCCCGCUCCUAGAACGUUCCAUUCGGCAGUCACGACGCGAGAUUACAUGGUGUUGAUCGGGGGCGACAUCACAGAUCAUCGAGACUCCAAACAGGGGUUGUUGGUGUACUCGUAUAAAUGCAACAUGUGGUUCCCUCUUAAUGAUAAGUUUAUCACUCUGGUGGGUCAUGAGAUAACUCCACUCAUAGGAACUAGUGCAGCAGUGUAUGGUUCAACUAUCUAUGUAUUUGGUGGCUAUUUUGGCACUCUUCAAGGAUCGAUGGUGGAAAUAAAAAUACCACCUGAUCUGUGCACACUCAAUGCCAAUCUGACUCAGUGCCGCGAUGUCAUCGGAUGUGCCAACUGUGUGAUUCAUGACAGUUCGGGCACUAACACGUCUUACUGUUACUCCAACACUAGAGAGGAACCCAGCACGUGCCAGAAUGCUCCCCAUGGAAAGAGUAGUGUGGUGGGCGUUCGCUGCGAUGCAAAAUUGUUAGAGGAUGACGACUGUUACCAACUCACGUCGUGCACCGAGUGCUUGGCCGAGUGGCCCGCUCACCCACAUUCAGAACAGCGUUGCCAGUGGUGCCUCAGCUGUUCCAAAGGAAAAUGUAUACCUCGGGAUAGUGACUGUGCACAAGAGAACCUGUGUGAUUCUCAAGCGAGAGAUGAUAGUGGCUCUGGCCGCUACAUUAUCAUGGAGUCCGACAAAUGUCACGGAGGAACUUGCGUCGCUUCCGACUGCGAUAAGUGUGGAAGCCUCCGCAAGUGUAUCUGGACAAGGCAAGUUCUGCGCUCCUCAGAGGUGGGUUAUACCCUGCACAUCAUGCCCAUUUAUAACUGGAGCUGUGUGAAAAGUAUGAUUCAGAGACAUUCAUCCUACUUGGAGGAAACUUCCCCACCCCGCAAGUGCCCUGUCCGUUGUCACUAUCACACCACUUGUCAUGAAUGUUUAAGUGCCAAAGGAGCAGAGGGAGGCUGGCAGCAAUGUUACUGGUCACCAUCACUCAAGGAGUGUCUCUCACCCAGCUACAUCGCAUUACGCUGCUUGGGUGGCACUUGCGGCCGCAUUUUGACAGGCGACGAAGGUCAGUGUCCACGACCCUGUGAGGAAUUCACCCAGUGCUCCCAGUGUCUGAGCCAGCCACAGUGUGGGUGGUGUGCCCUGGACACACCAGUGGGAGGGUUAGGGCUGUGCACACAAGGCCUACUAGAAGGUCCACAUGUUGGCACUUGCCACAACCGUGACUUUUCUCACUUUAUUGCCAACGACUCUGUCAGCUCCCUCCACGGCCUCGGUCUUAAUGCCCGAUUAUACCAGGACCCGGUCGGGGUUAUUACAACGCCUCCUAAGUCUUGGCAUUAUGAUGUUUGCCCCAAAGAAGACGAGUGUAAGAACAGUCAUCACACCUGCGAUGAUAAGAGUCAGUCGUGCGUGGAUGUUGAGGAAGGAUAUGAGUGUGUGUGUGCUCCCGGGUAUAACAUGACAGAAAAUGGCGACUGCAUUCCGGUCUGUUCGCAAGGAUGUGUUUUUGGAACUUGCAUCGAACCUAACAAUUGUACUUGUAAUUUUAGCUACGUAGGCACCGAUUGUUCCAUUAAAUGUAACUGCAACGGCCAUGCAAACUGUGAAGGCCCCGACAAGUUAGACGUUUGCUUGGAAUGUUUUAAUAACACAAUGGGUGAUCAGUGUGAAAAAUGUAAGCCCCUGUUUGUUGGUGACCCUCGAAACAAUGGGGAUUGUAUUAGUUGUUAUGACUAUUGUAACACACAUGCUAGUAGUUGUGUUCCUCAAGAACUUGUGCCUAAGUUCAACAUAACAUCUCAUUGGGAUACUGAGAAAGACAUAAUAAAUGAGCUCAAAGUUACUCAAGGGGCCAGAACUGAUGCAGUGUGUAUCGACUGUACAAACAACACCACCGGCUCUAAAUGUGACAGCUGUCUGCCUGGUUACUUUCGGGGCAUGGAAGACAUGAGAUACCCGUGUCGCCCGUGUCAGUGCAAUGGUCACGGCACAACGUGCGAUCCGGUCUGGGGUACAGAUUGUAACUGUGGGAAUAACACAGACACUCAGUGCACAGGAAGUACCAAGACAAGAGGAGUCAGUACUGAAAAAGAAGAGGACAAAUACUGUUGGCAGGAGCAGUGUGCUAAGUGUAAAGACUCGUAUCUAGGAAACCCGAGUAAUGGUCAUCAGUGUUACAGACAGAUGAAUGUAGAGAAGGAGUAUUGUCUCGAUCCUAACACCCAGAAUGAUUGUAACACUAAACCUACGACCCUCAGCUUGGGUCAGACGGUCUUUUUUGCCGUUCAACCAAAGUUCAUGAAUGUAGAUAUUCGACUUAUUUUGGACGUAACAAAAGGCGGUGCAGACGUGUACUUCAGCACCAAAGAAGACACUUUUGUUGUCACAGUCAACCAGAGCACUGGCCAGCAGCAGGUGGAAAUUGACACUAACUACCCAAUAGCAGAAGAAGCAGGUCCUGUUAUGUUUACUGCGCCGCUCAAGAGGAAUUUUGUGGGCACGGGUUUUGAUUUAUUUGACCUGAGCAGCAACUCCAUCCCUACUACGAAGGAGCUGGUCGUAAAUUCGACGCAACCGACGAUUACCGAGUAUCACUUAAUUGAAAAAGUUGCCGAAGGACUGAAAACUUUUGCAACGGUAUCAAGAUCAAAUGAUAUAUUAAUUGUAAGAAAUGUUAGCAACAGACUAGUAAUAACACUUCCCCAGCACACUCAUGACUUACGCUCGGCAAAGUUUUACGUCGUCGUGUACGGUAUCGGCAGCGAGAGGGAGAUGGAUACAUUUGGUUCAAUCUUUUUCCGGCAAGAUCAACCCAGGAUUGACCUGUUUGUUUUCUUUUCUGUGUUUUUCUCUUGCUUUUUCUUGUUUCUUGCUGUAUGUGUGGUUGUUUGGAAGAUUAAGCAGGGCGUUGACCUAAGACGGGCCAGGAGACGUCACGUGGUGGAGAUGCUACACAUGGCAAAGAGACCAUUUGCCAUCACAACGCUGGUGCUUCACGCAGAAGAUGAAUUUAGCCGAGACGCCAUCGACGUGCCACCCGACCCAACUCCUUUGUCUCCCGGCAGACGAAAACGAGCCACUAAAAAAGACCGAUACGGAGACGGCUUCGACGUGGGUCCUCUUGCGGUGGAGCCGACAGACGACGGAGUUGCAGCCGUGUUAACCGUUAUGGUACAGUUACCCGGCGGAGGGAUAGGGAAUCCCGUGGGUCACGGAGAGGGACCGACCCAUCGCUUGGCUCUGGGAUCUGCCCUGUGCUUAAUGUCUCGCAUCUAUCCGCCCGCGUCCAGACCCUUCCAUCUCCGACGACGCACGUCGCACAUGAUGGCGUGAACUUUGGAAGAUGACGAGUCUUCUGGUGAAAACUUUUAACUGCCAGACGGAAGAUCUGUGCUGUGGUAUCACUUCACUUAUGAGUGAAAUGUGCUGAGCUUUGGCUGCCAUGUACUUUCAUUUACAACAAGCAGUUCUUUGUUAAAGUGAUUUUCUAUUUAUUUUUUUAUUUGCCUCUCAGUUAACUACUGCUCAUUAAUGCAUAUCAUGAAUUUUCACUCAAAUAUUUCAGCUGCUGUGAUUUUUGGCAUAAAGAAUGUGCACAAAAUAGAACUUGAAACAUGAAAAAUAUUAUUCAUUUUAGACUCCCAAGGAAUGCAGUUCAGUUUGUUGUACUCUAAUGGUUGAUCCUAAAGUCUGUCUUGCAGCCAUGGUGAUUUUAGAUUGUUGUAAUUUGCUGUGAUAUUAUUGUCUAAUCUCAUAGAGUUAGUCUUGUCAUAAGGAAAAUUGUGAGUAUGAAAUACCCUUUACUGUAAUACUCUUUCUUCGUUCUCAACAUUCAUUAUAUUUAGGAAAACAUAAUCACUCUUACCAUGAGCUGAUCACCUGUGGGGGUUUAAGGGUGAGCUGUGUAAAUUGACACUGAUAGUUGCAAUAGUAUAAGCUUUAGUUAGGCAAGACCUGAUCUCUUAACUACUAACUCUUUAGUUUAUUUAGUGAUCAUUACAACUUGUACAUGUUCAAAGGUUCUUAAGUGAGUCACAUAAUAUGGUAAAUGUUUUCAUGUGAUAACUUUACAUUCGUGAUAAAAAAUCCGUUAAACAUUGAAAAGAAAGAAAAAUUACCCCAAAUUAGCUGAGAUAACAUUAAUGGUUGGUUGACAGGCAGGCAUUAGAGCCACUUACAUUAGACAUGAACAUCCUUAAGGUGUAGAAGGUGUUGCUAACAUAACAACCAUACCCUAAGUUAAUGAACUGUAUGACUCAGGGUCAACAACAAGACCAGAGAACUCACCUACUGCACUGGUGAACCAUUACCUCGGAACACAAUCCUCAAAGCAGUUAACAUCCAGGUAAUCAGUUACUGCCGGGUAUAAAGAGGCAAAUGGCAUAAAGAAUCUUAGCCACAUUAUGACUUGACUCAACAAGCAGCCAUCAGUACAACUUGUAGUGAUCAUUAAAUAAAUCAAGAGUGGGUGGAGGGAGAUGUGAAGUGUAGCGUUAGUGCAGAGUUUAUCAAAGUGGUUGUCACGAGUGUUGGACAAUAUGGCUCUUAAUUAUAAGUAUAGUUAUAUAUUCCCUCAUUACCUUCAAGUUUCAUUAUGAAUGGUGGGACAAUACUAUUCACUGUAGAAGUGACUUAGAAGAAAGACCUAACUUUAAGAAAAGGAACUCGAUAUUCUACUUGUACUCUGAUUUUACUUAACCUGAGCUUGAUAACUUUUAGAGUAAUGAUUAAUUAGUACACAUUAAAAGGGUAACUAGAUAUAGAAUUUUUUUUGUCUACAUUGAAGCAGAUGAACCAUACUGUAUGUGUGAGUAGUGGUUGUUGUGUUGAUAUAAUUCUCUACCUCCUAGAAAACUUCCCAUACAGUGAAACCUCCAUAUAACGGACUCUCCUCUCCAUAUAAUCCGUUAAAUAGAGGUUUCACUGUAGUUAACAAUGAUUUAUAUGGUUAGUUACUGUCGAACACAUCCUUAUCUCUCAACAAGGUUUGGUGCUAUAGCAUUUCUUUAUUGUUGUGUGUGUGUGUGUGUGUGUGUGAUGGCUUCUGAAGAAAAGAUAAAUUGUACAUGAUGAAUCUUUAAAAGUUAUAGAGAAUUGUCCUACCUGAACAGUGGCCAGUUAUUACUUCAUUAGACGAUAUUGUAACUUCAGAUGCUAUUGUAACACCUCUUAUGAAGCUACCAUGAUGUUAUGUUGCAAUAUAUUAGUUUGUUAUCCCUUGUACUGUCCUCAUAAGUCAGCUCUGAUGCUAAUAAAGGUCUAAGAAGGAUUACAAGUUUGAAAGCAUUUUUAUAUCAGUUUUAGUUACCUCACUUGAUAAUCAUAACAAUGGAUGUGAAUCUCAAAAUUGUCCAAUUUCACUUGUGAAGAUAAUGAACAGAUGUUGACAAGUGUUAGGUGCUGUACAGUAUUACAGAUGUUGACAAGUGUUAGGUGCUGUACAGUAUUACAGAUGUUGACAAGUGUUAGGUGCUGUACAGUAUUA